AUGCUGUCCCUUCCAUUUUCACAGCCUUCCUCCUGCCCUCUUACAUUUCCCAAUCUCAUUUCAUCGUUCACUAUAUUUGGACGUGUAGAAGAAGAGGAUAUAAUUUCUUUAUCGAUAGCUGCAAUCCAGGUUGAAACGUUUGAUAAUGAAUCUGAUCUUGAAUCCGAACUUGAAUAUUUUGCCCAAAAUCGUGACUCCCCUUGGUUAAGAUGCCAAGAUAUACCUCUUCCAAUUAUAAAUGAACAUCAUAAUUGCAACUCGACCAAAAUCCCUCGUCGUGAUUCAGUUCUUCAUACACCCGGCACUGAAUUAGCUCACAGAUACUUCAAAACUUUAUUUAACAAUGCAGAUGAGCAGAUCCAAUUGGCAAGUAAAGGUUUACCCUCGCUUUUACCUCUCGAAACUGCACGGGCUGACUUAGUGGGCGUACCUGAUUUACCAUUAACUGUGAGUGUUGGUCACAUCUGA